CACACACACACACAUAGACACCAUACGAAUCAAUCUGGCGCUCAGUUGAAAUGCCCUGACAAAAAACCCAAAAUCUUUGAUGUUGAAUGUCCUUGCUUGUUAAGAGCACUUCUCCAUGUAGGGAACACACAGAGCAAUGUUGGGCUCGUGCAUUUAAACAGAAGAGAGGGGAAAUGGAGAGAGGGAGAGCUCUCAACCGUUUGAUUAGGGAUUGCAAUUCUUGGUUUCAGAUGAAAAUUUGCUAAUGUAUUUCAAAUCAAUUGCAGCACAUUCACAGUGAAUGGAUUUUGCUCUAGUGAAGAGGAAUAAUGCUAAUCAGAUUCUGUAGCCUUUGUAUGUGUGAAUGUGUGUUUGUGUGUGUGGUGGCAUAUUUGUAUUUGUAUGUAAAUGUUUUUCACCCGUGUGCUCAUAAGGACCUGAAUGGAUUUGUGUUCGAAUCGUUUAGUGAGACAGGAGUCUGACUGCUCACCCCGCUGUCAAGCUUCUGCAUUUCCUCUCCUCUCAAAUCCCCCAUGUGAAUAUUCAGAACCCCUUUCAAGCCUUUUAAUAACUUGUUUUUGUGGUCAGCAUCAGAGUAGGCUGGCAUUUCUGUGUCAGGCCGAAUAGCAAAAGAGAGACAGAGGGGGAGAGAGAGUAACAGAUUUUCUGAGUUGAACUGUGAAUCUUAACUCAGCCGUUAGCAUCGCUAACUCCCACCUCAGCAUGCUUAAUCCUGCAAGUGUUUCUUUGGUUUUGUCACGCUGCAAAGCAAACUUUUUCCUCCACUCGGAUUUUGUUGUGUUGAGCAGUAAAAAUGUCUAAAUCUCUUUAAAGGAGAAGUUCAGCUAAAAUGAAAAUUCUGUCAUUUACUCGCCCUCAUGUCAUUCCAAACUUGUAUGUCUGUCUGUCUUAUGAGGAACAGAAAAUAGUAUAUUGUUGUCGUCUUUUUCACCCUGGUGCUGUUCCAAACAUGCUGAAUGCUAAAGAUAUUUUGACACAUGUUGGCAACCGACAGUUUUGCUUACCAUUAUUCUCCAUCAUGUGGACCAAAUUAAGACUGAGGCAUUUCUAAAAAUAUCUUACAACAGGAAAAAGUUGAAUUUCCAAUUAAGGAAAAUGUUAUUUCUAAAAACAAGUCUUAAUAUCGCAUGCAGUUAUGGCUUAAAUUGAAUUCAUUUUAAUCACUGAAUUAGUGAGUGGCACUCAAAAACCAAAUUAGUCCAUUUUAUGAAUGAAUCCUUCUUUUUAGUCAGUUGUUCUUCUCAGUGAAUUGAUUCAGUUCACAAAUCUGAAUUGAUUCUUGAGUUAAGCUCACUGACUCUGUUAUUAACAGCUCAAAGGAGGGCAAGAUUAUUAGUGAAUAUUGCCUUCAUGUUAUACUGAUUACUUCUAUGAUAUUGUUUGUCAUUUUUGAAGCAAUAAUACAUCAAAAAUACAUCAUACAGUUUUGGAACAAUGUGAGGGGGAAUAAAUGAUAACAGAAAUUUCAUUUUUUUGGCUGAUCUAUCUUCUGUGAGCUUUUGAGAGAUCUAUAAUUGUAGCUCCUAUUUUCUGUCUGUUAUCUUAAAGAACAGAAUUAGUCUUUCCAUCCCCUUUCUCAGCACACACAGACCUUUGGCAUUAGAGAGCCUUGUAUCCUGGGCAGACAGCCUGGCAAUCAUGUGACACACUCUUCCUCUUUCUGCCGCAGGGACAUCUCUCUCUCUCUCUCUCUCUCUCUCUCUCUCUUUCUCUCUUACACACACACACACACAAUCACAGAAUGCUUGUUUAUGCUUUGCUCACAGCCUAACCUUUAAACAAUUAUCUAUUUGCUCAGUAUAAAUAGCAUAGCAUGUCACCCCUGCUUUAUUUCACUCUCUCCCUCAGCCUGCCCAGCUCCACCGCCGCCGCUGUACUCGAGGAAACGUGAUACCACUAGUGUAAACUCUAGAAAUGAUCAGCCAGAGACCAUCGUCCCUGAGAACGCUCUGCUCUGUCCUCCUGCCCCAUGUCUGUCAUGACUUCAAGAUCUGCGAGGGGUUAAAUGAAGCACAACACGCUGUGGCAUCGGGUCACCACAUUAGCGCUGGUCGACAUACGGCUCCUCACUGCGCCGAGGGACCCGCAAGGGCUGUGCCAGAGCUCCUCUACCAUGACGACUGUGGCCAGAUCUUUCAUCGGGAUCUUCUGGCUCCUGCGGAUGGUGUGUGCGGUCUUCCCUGAGGAACCGGGACCUCUGAACUUUAUCCCCACUGAAGUGGUGAGAAGGUAUCCUGUGUUUCUCGGACGACCCCAUCACUCAUCACUCAGACAGGAGCCCUUACACAUUCAGAGGAUCCUGCAGGUCAAUCGUACGCUUUACAUCGGAGCCAGAGAUGACCUUUUCCGAGUGGAGCUGGACAACAUGGUGGGAGAAGAGAUGUUUUACAGCAAGAAAAGGACAUGGGAAUCCAACAAAAAUGACAUCAGAAUUUGCAGAAUGAAAGGAAAACAUGAGGACGAGUGCCGUAACUACAUGAAGGUUCUGCUCAGCCGGCAGAGCGGAUUGUUUAUCUGCGGAACCAACGCCUUCAAUCCAUUAUGUGCCAAUUAUACAGGAGACACUCUUGAGAUGGUUGGGGAAACUGUCAGUGGGAUGGCUAGAUGCCCAUAUGACCCAAAACAUGCCAACGUGGCCCUGUUUGCUGAGGGGAAUCUUUACACUGCCACAGUGACUGAUUUUCUGGCCAUCGAUGCUGUGAUCUACAGGAGUCUGGGGGACAAUCCUGCUCUGCGAACGGUCAAACACGACUCCAAAUGGUUUCGAGAGCCGUACUUUGUGAGUGCUGUGGAAUGGGGGCCACAUGUCUACUUCUUUUUCAGAGAGAUGGCCAUGGAGUUCAACUACCUGGAGAAGGUGGUUGUCUCUCGUGUGGCACGUGUGUGCAAAGCCGAUCAAGGCGGUUCACAGCGUGUGCUGGAAAAGCAGUGGACAUCCUUCCUGAAAGCUCGGCUGAACUGCUCAAUCCCAGGAGACUCGCACUUUUACUUCAACCUCCUGCAUUCCACCAGUCCCAUCAUCCGCAUGCACGGCAGGGAUAUCAUCCUCGCCGUCUUCUCCACACCCUCCAACAGUAUUCCUGGCUCUGCAGUGUGUGCUUUCGACAUGGAGCUGCUGGCCGGAGUGUUUGAUGGAAGAUUUAAAGAGCAGAAAUCGCCCGAGUCGAUAUGGACACCUGUUUCAGAUGAAGUUGUGCCCAAACCGAGGCCGGGUGGUUGUGCCGUACAAGGCUCCAAGUACAAUUCCUCCAAUUCUUUCCCUGAUGACAUGUUAACUUUUGUCAAGACCCAUCCGCUGAUGGAUGAAGCCGUCCCAUCACUUGGUCAUAGACCAUGGAUUGUUAGGACCAUGGUCAGAUACCAGCUCAACAAAAUGGUGGUAGACACAAAUGCUGGUCCUUAUGGCAACCAGACAGUCCUCUUUCUGGGUUCCAGCCGAGGGACCAUCCUUAAAUUCCUCGUCACCCCCAACAGGGAUAACACAGUGACCAACAACAACGUGUUCCUCGAGGAACUGGAAGGCUACAACCCAGACAGGUGUGGGACGGACACUCUUCAGGCCAGGCAGCUGCUCUCUCUCACGCUGGACCGCAUCAGUCACAGCCUCCUUCUGGCUUUCCCUUCUUGCGUGAUCAAAGUGCCUGUUGCACGCUGUCAGCUUUAUUCCCGCUGCAUGAAGAACUGCAUCGCCUCACGGGAUCCCUACUGCGGCUGGACCAGAGGAAGCACCUGCUCUUUCCUCCGUGCGGGUACAAGGCUUCCCUUUGAGCAAGACGUUGAGCACGGAAACACUUCUUACUUGGGCGACUGUGACGGUCUUCUGCAGGAGAGUUUCAUCGAGGAACCAGAUGGUUUGGUGUCCGUGAACUUGCUGGUGGUGUCAGCGGUUUCAGCGUUUGCCACCGGGGCGGCGCUGUCAGGUCUGAUGGUAUGUUGGAUAAUGAGCCUCAAGCACCGCCAGCGCUCCAGAGCCAGUGAAUCUGGCAUGGGGAGUCGUCGUAAGAGUGACAAGGAGCAGAGCAUGCUGGGACACGGUCGCAGUGGUUCCGUAAUCAGCGUGACACGUAUCAGCGGCAGCGAACGACCCCGCUCGCAGGUUGAAAAUAUGUUCACCAACGGUUGGCCAAAAUCUGAAGACAUCGAUCCAGGACUUCCCACUCCAGAACAGACGCCUCUGCAGCAGAAACGUCCCACUCCUCAUGUCCAUCUCACAGACUGCGACUGGGACCAGAGCCAUACUUUCCUCACCCAGACAGGGACACCCUGCCCGGCGAACUCAGCUGUCAUUUACUUGAGCUCCAAAUACCUGCAAGGUGGGCGGCAAGAGGGAUCGGGUGAUGUUCCUCCUCAUUCAGAGCGUCAGCGGUACCUCAUUCUCUCCCAUCCAACAAAUCAGCGGGAGCAGAGUGGGCGACCGACCGGCCCACCUACUCGCAACUCUGCUGGUGAAUACAACUAUCCAACAACGCCUCAGGACUCACCUGACCGCAGGAGGGUUGUUUCGGCUCCUACCACCCAGUCGGACUAUGGAGAACAUCUGCGAUGGUCCCGCGACGGACUUAACUUCAAUAGCAACAACGCGACUCCUUCUGGCCACCACCCGUAUCCCAUACAGCCACGCACUAAUGCUGCGUUAAUACGGCCAGGUCACCACACUCAGCGAGGGCUCAAUGAGAUACAGGACUACAGCCACCUGCUGGUGAAAAGUGUUAGUGAGCGUAACCCAAAUGGCCAAUGAGUGGUCCAGGCCCGUUCACACCCUUCAGAGUCCCAUCACCCCCAAGACUCAGACUCCUUCUGUAAUCCUGCCCUUCCUGUCCACUCUCACUGCCAUCCAGUGUCUUUCAAGUCCCCUACCAGUGGCUGAGCUCUAGGACUACCGAGUAUGAGCGAACGAGAGCGUUAAUGGUUGAUGGUGUUAACACCGCUGUCUUCCCCUGCCUGUGGGGUGAUGCCACUUAGCACAUUAGCGGCUUCUAUCACGCUCACUGUUUAAUAAUGCGGAAGGAUCACUUUUUAAUAACGGAGGCGUUGGGUGAUGGGAGGUGAAAUACAUAAUCAUAAUCCUGCAAAUGGCUACGUUGACCGUUUAGCAUAGUGAAGCGGUUCCAGAUUGUCUCUCUGUGUAAUCUCAAGCCCUGUAAACCAUUCAGUGGAAGUGAUACGUUUCGUUUUCGCCUCUCUUGCUUUACAUUCUCCGCCUGCAGAUGCUUCUUUUGUGCAUCCUGCAGCCUUUGCAGACAAGCUCAAACUUCCUUGUGUCUGUUUGUAUGUGUAUGAGAGUCACGCCAAAACGGGGAUUAAAAUGUUCUUGCCGGCUAGACUUGAGAUGAAAGCAAAAUGGCCGACCAACACUGGUGUUUCUUGAGUGAUCUGAUGUCAAAUGACUGACUACCCCUCCCUCUCUUAACCUAUUAUGUGUCAGGAAGCAAUCAAGACAACUGCCAUUUGACUUUAAAGACUUAUGUGCUGGAAUAUCAGAUGUAAAUGGGUCAUGGAAAAGAGCGUUUGCCAAAAAUCAUGGAGGAAUCAACCCAUGCUUUUUGGAAGGAGCAUGGAAGCACUGUGGAAAUUAUAUUGUGUACAGGGACAUAUGUUGUUGGGUGGACCCAUUUAUUUUGUGGUGUAUCUUAAAAACCAAGAAAUUUAGUGCAUUUCUUUAUCCCCUACACAUUCUAGAAUUAGAGCUGGGCAUUUGCAACACUUUCUUUUUCUUUCACUCGGCCUGGCUUCGUUCUCUCUGCAGUCCAUUGACUCGAAUGUGAGCUCGGUUGUCUGGGCCGAGUCAGGCCGCUAGGGAGCUGCAUUCAGAGUGUCUCAAUGACACUGGGUGUCUUUGUGUGGCCCAGCCAGAGAAGACCAUCCCAACAACAAAUAACCGUUAAGAGUCAUGGCCUAGCUAUCAGCCCAGCCCAGGAGAAUGUCAAUGAGGAGCCAGACAGAUCGGACCCCUCUGGCUCCCCCCUCAUUGCCAGCCUUCACAAAACUCACAGAAUCAGAGGAAUACAAUGUUACAUUUAGAUGGAGAGCAAAAAAAUCAGACCCACUAGGCUCCCGAUGGCACUGUGCCCGCUUCAGCCAUUGUUCAGGUUCCUCUGGCUCUCUUUAGAUUGCUGUUUGUUUGUUUCAGGUUUGUAAACCCCACGGGAGGUAGAAAAGAAAUAGUGUACUAUUCAAUUCAUUCACCUCUCAGUAAACGACGUUAUCUUUGUUUUCUUGCCGUGAGGCAACGGUAAUUUAGUGAGUGCGAGUGUGUCCACUAGAGGGCGGUAUUGCACAUUGAGUUUUUUUAUUUUACUUCAUGCUCAAUGGACCCUUUUCACAGUGUGAGAUGACACAUUUCUGCAGUCAUUAUGUUGCAAAAAUGUUUUGUGUUUUUAAGUUUUUUAAAGAAAUGAAUACUUUUAUGAUUUCGGAAGGAUCAUAAGACAUUGGAGACAGGAGUAAUGGCUGCUAAAAACAUUUUAUUGCCAUCACAUAAUAAAAUAGUAUUUAAUAACUGUUAUUAACUGUUAUUUAACAUUUAUGUAUCAAAUAAAUGCAGCCUUGGUCAACAAAAGAGACUUUUUUCAAAAAAUUUAAAAAUCUUCCUGACCCCAAAAUUCUAAACAUUAGUGUAUAACACUAUACUUUGUUAUAUUUCCCUAGCAUUAAAUUACAAAAUAAAUAGUAAACACUGCUGCAGUGGGGUUUCAAAUACAUCUUCUGAGGGAAAGAUGGCAAAUCUGACAUCGUUCCCUCGUCUAACUGCCACAAUCAAUUUAUUUUACUCUUUCUUCCUUUAGAAAGUCAUGGAAAUACAAUAUAGAUGUUUUCCUUGUUUAAACAAAUGGUAAUGCAAAAAUAACAUUUGCUAUGGUCUCACAUUUAUUUCUGUAGAAGUCUACCCUGCUAUUGUUUCUAUUCCAACCCCAAAAAUGUGAAAAUGGUCCAUGAGAAGGUUUGACAUCAAAUGUUUGGUGGUCCUAUAAUGAACAAUACUUCAACACUAAGUAUAUGUUGGUUUAAAAACAGGCUGUGUUCCAAAUGAAAAAUCUGUUGUAGUGAUAAUAGAGACAGAGAAGAGUGUGUUCUUUUGAAUGUGUGUUCUUUUUGUGGAUGGAUGAAAGCUCUGAAGCUGAACAUUAAAGCAAUUAAUGAAGUGUAUAAUUUAUAGGUUUUAAGUGCCAAUGCAUGACUGAGUUCAGAACUCUGUGUGUAAUUAUUUUUACACAAUCGACAUUAUUGACGCAGCUUUUUAAUUGUCAUCCAGCUCAUCUAUUCGUCUUGGAACGGUUGUACCCAUCACACAGACUGAGGCCCACCACUAAAAAAGGUCUGACCAUCCAAGCAUGCGUUCACCCUGCUUCCCUCUCACUGGCUUUUCACUCUGUUGCACCAUUAGGUGAAACAUGCGUGAUUAUGCUAAGUCUAUCUUGGCCUGAUAAAGCCUGGAGAUGAUCGUGAGAGACGUGCAGAAACACAGGUACCCACUUGCUUACUCACACAGCCAGAUUCUACAAAGCCAUCGCCUGAGAUGUGGGCAGCAAAACUCAAGCAGCGAGUCAUUAUUCUCGACCACAUCCCAUAUAAAUAACAUUCGCCGGAAUAGACCAAAAACAAGCAGCAAACACAGGGGAUGCUUAUUGUGAAAGCCUGUACACAAGCUCUAAACACCACCUGGGUUCAUUCGCACAAGAUUUUGAGGCAGUGAAAUGGAGUUAAUUUGCUGUGGAGCUCUAUAAAAUGUGUUCGUGGGAAAAGAAAAUAAACAAGGGUUGUUUCACUGUCUUCCUAUGUCGUAAUUCUCUCAAGCAAGAAAUGGAAUCGGCUGUAAAAACUCUGCUAGGGUUUUGUUUGGACAGAUAUAUACCUAGCUAUGUUUUAGAGAGCCCCCUACUCUCAAUUUUCCAAUUAGAAUUCUGUCUAUGAGCAGCGAGGACAGUGUGCUCGAGGCUUUCUCAUUGUCUGGGCUGUUUUUCUUUCUCUGCUUUGUCUUUUAAAGCUGAGAUCUUUUUUUUUUUUUUUUGACGUCCCCCAGCCACAAACUGCCACAGCUAAUGGGCCACCCGAUGAAAUGUGCUAACACAAAGAAAGAAAUGGUUUGUUUAGAAAUGACAUGCUUUCAGUGUGCACAACCUUGACAUCUGACAAGCACAAACAGAGUUUGAAUUUUUUUGUAAAGUUGUAGAGAAUAUAUUAGCCAGUACUGGUAUCUUCAUUUUUAUAUUUGUUUGUUUGUUUGUUUGUUUUGUGGUAAUGUUUUAGGUUGGUUUGAGUUCAUGCAAGUGAUUUGAUUUGCUCUCUGGUGUGUGAAUUUUUGUUCAACAACGACGAUGAUUAUUCUGUGACUGUGACCUGAAUUUCAGUGUUUGAUCCUGGUUUCUGCAAAGCCGGAUGAGAGUUGUUUCUCCUGAAAGAAAGAAAAGAAGAAAAACACUUCUCCAAAAGAGCUGAGUCUUCUGUUAACUGUGAUGGACUUCUGAUUUGUCUCGCACCAGAGGCUGUUCGUGUUACUGGGUCCAUUGUCAUUAAAUGACAAAUCGUGCCCCCUUCAGUGUACAUAAUGAUUUCAAUGCUUAAAUGUAAUUUAAGUGAACUAUCUGCAUGAACACAGCCUCGGUCUGGAGUCCACAGAGGUAGUGUGUACUUCAACACGACAUGCUACUGUUUGCCCUAAUAUUGUCCACCAAUCAGACAGUCACAUGCAUGCUUUACAAAUCAACAGCACAAAUGCACAUAAAGACAAACGUGCACACAUACACAAGAUCACGAAUACAUGGACAGUGGGGUCCAAAAGUUUUAAAAACUCUGUUUUCACAUGCUCAAAUUAUAUAAUUACUGUAAUACUUUAUGUGGAAGGUUUAAUUGAAAAAUUGAGAAUAUCUUUGGAUACAGUUUGUCCUUUGCUUUAACUGCAUCUACAGUAGUUUGUGUAAAAUCUGACGCUCAUGUUCUUCAGCAUGAUUUAAGAUGAUCCAAAGAACAUCUUGUACUGUACUUCAAUGGAAUAAAGAACAUGUGAACAUCUCUGCAAAAUUAUGUGAUAAAUGUUGCAAAUUUUCAUAUUUAGUGACCCUGAAAUUGUGCUUAAUUUCCUAAUCUGUUUAUGCCAUAAAGGUUCUUUGUUGUGAAUUUCUCAAAAACCCUGAAACUUUAUUUCUAAGUGUAAAUGGUAUUCUAAAUCUCACAUUUUUAGAGUCUUCUCAGACUUUUGGAUCCCACUGUACUUUAACACACACACACGUGCACAAAUUUUUGCAUUUGGAAACUCAUUGUCCUCAGUUCUGGCUGUCAUUGAGCAUGGAGACUGUGCUCUGUUAUCAUUUCCUGUUCUAAUAAACCAUCAAGAACCUAA